AUGGCUUUCAAGACGUGGUUGUUGACGGCCCUCGUUGGUCUUGCCAACGGCCUGGCCUCAACCGACACCAUCACUUGGGGAGGCGACAAUUCGCGAGCCGGGUACCAGACCCAUCACUCUCACCUCAUACUCCGUCUCUCCCCCGGUGCCGAUCGUUGUCUCGUCGCAAUGGCACCGCUCCGCUCGGCGGGGAAUCAAUCAAUCUUGGAGAACAGCAACUGA